AUGGCCCUCUCCUUCCCCCAGACCCUGAGCCUGGAGACCCUGGACGUCUCAGACCUCGACCCCAUCCAGCACCCAGCUGGCCAGCUGCAGGAGGACCAGUGGCAGGCACCCAGGGACACCUUCCUAAGCCUGGAAGCUGAGGCCGGCAUGGACGUGAUUCUGGUAGGCUCCAGCGAGCUGUCAGCGCCCCCUUCACCCAAGGUAGGCAGAGAUCUUAUUGCAUAUGAAGUCAAAGUUAACCAGAGAAACAUAGAAGACAUCUGCCUGUGCUGUGGAAGCUUCCAGGUUCACACCCAGCACCCUCUGUUUGAGGGAGGAAUGUGUACAUCGUGUAAGGACAAGUUUCUGGACGCCCUCUUCCUAUAUGACGACGAUGGAUAUCUGUCCUACUGCUCCAUCUGCUGCUCCGGAGAGACACUGCUCAUCUGCGAAAACCCCGAUUGCACCCGGUGCUACUGUUUUGAGUGUGUGGACACCCUGGUGAGCCCAGGGACCUCGGAGAAGGUUCAGGCCAUGAGCAACUGGGUGUGCUUCCUGUGCCUACCCUUCUCCCGCAGCGGGCUGCUGCGGCGCAGGCGGAAGUGGCGGGCUGGGCUGAAGGCCUUCUGUGACCGCGAGUCGGAGAGUCCCCUUGAAAUGUACAAAACCGUGCCUGUGUGGAAAAGAGAGCCAGUGCGAGUGCUGUCUCUCUUUGAGGACAUCAAGACAGAGCUAACCAGUUUGGGAUUCUUGGGAACCAGCUAUGCCCCAGGCAGGCUGAAGCACCUGGAUGAUGUGACGAACGUUGUGAGGAGGGAUGUGGAGGAGUGGGGCCCCUUUGACCUCAUGUAUGGCUCGACGCCUCCCCUCGGCCACACCUACUACCAUCCGCCUGGCUGGUACCUGUUCCAGUUCCACCGGCUCCUGCAGUAUGCGCGGCCCCCACAGGGCAGCCCACGGCCCUUUUUCUGGAUGUUUGUGGACAACCUGGUGCUGGGCACAGAAGACCAAGCCACAGCCAUUCGCUUCCUGGAGACAGAGCCUGUGACCAUCCGGGAUGUCAGUGGCAGAGCCCUCCAGGACGCCGUGCGUGUGUGGAGCAACGUCCCUGCCGUGAGGAGCAAGCACGCGGCUCUGGGCCCUCAGGAAGAGCUGUCCCUGCUGGCUCAGGACAGGCAGAGGACCGGGCCCUACAGCCAGAGCUCUGGCCCGGCCAGGCUGGUGAAGAGCUGCUUCCUCCCGCUGAGAGAGUAUUUCAAGUAUUUUUCAUCAGAACUCUCUUCCUCCUUGUAGAUGAGUCAUUGUCCUGUGAAAAGACAGGCUUUUCCUAGAACAGCAGUUUCCCUUUUGCUGCCCCUUCCUUUCUCUUCAGAGUGUGAGUUAGCUUUGAGUUUCCAGUGGUCACUGCAGAUCCAUCUCCUGCUCAGUCAGUGCUGGAGCUGCCAGACCUCCCCACCACGCUGGCCUGUGGGGCAGGCAGGACAAGGCCACGUGGCUGCCACAAGCCCCUGUGUUUUCUGCAUGUUUUACUUCCUGAAAGCAUUUCUGUGUUCCAGUGGAGAAGUUAAAAAUACACUUAUUGUAAGAUAGUUAUUGGUCAUGUUUUGGUGUUUUCACGUACGGACAGGGCCAUCCUUUCAGGCUGUGGGGCUUUGAGGGUAGAGGGCGGAGGAUAACCGGGGACCUUUUUAUCAGCACCCAUGGUGCACUUUCCUGUGCGUGUGUCACCAGCGCCUUCACCACGGUCUGCUUUGACAACAAAACCUCUUACCUGAUCACAGUGACACAGAACAUCCCAACCUCUGCAAAGUACAGAAUGUCACAGUCAGCAAGCAAAGGAGCCCAUCAAAUGGAUGGCAUAAGGUCUGCCCGUAGAGCAUGUAGCCCUGUGGUCCUCUGAGCCUAGCAGAGCUGCCCACAGAAGGCAGGGCUCCUUCUGGCCCCAAGGCUUGAGUCCGAGUGAGGACAACCCACCAGAAAGCACUAACUCAACGGGGUUCAAGUCACCUGCAAGGCACUCUGCCGGGUCUUUCCUGGCUAGCCAGAGAGCCUCAGAGGGGUCCAGACUCAGGGCAAAGAGCAGACUCAACCAGGCACUGUAACCAAGGACCUCUGACAUCAGUGCUGGGACUACUAGUGGUAUAUAAAAUGCUUUGUGGAAGAAAGAUGGGGUUAAAACCGGGCCUUUUUGUAGUCCCAGCUGCUUGGGAGGCUGAGGCAGGAGAAUCACGUAAGCCCAAGAGCUGGAGGUUGCUGUGAGUCCCGUGAAGUCAUGGCACUCUACCAAGGGCGGUAAAGUGAGACUCUGUCUCUACAAAAAAAAGAAAAAAAAAACCGGGCCUUUUGAAGAUUUGGGGGAAGAUACCUUAGAGUAGAAUACAAGUCAUCACUUGGGUUAAUAUGACCGGCUACCUCUUCUGGUUUUGGAAAACAACGUUGGACUGGGACAGCACAGGUCUCAUGUCCAGCGAUCUCAGGGUUACAAAGGCCACAGAAAACACA